AUGCAGUCGUCUGUAGAAUGUAGAUCGAGCAACGCGACGUGUUCCCUUGUAGCGGGAGAGACUACCCAAGUGGUGGUGAUGUCAUCGUCUCCCGCGGUAGCCAGACCUCUGGCGAGCGACGGGGAGAGGAUGAUAUUGGAAGUUGUUAACUAUUCGGUUAUCUGUGGUCUUCUCAGUCUGUUCGGUGUGGUCACCAAUGUCCUCAACAUGGUCGUUUUUGUCAAGAUAGGAUUUCAGGAAAGCAUGAACAUAAGUCUUAUGGGUCUUGCUGUGUCCGAUCUGCUGUCCCUUGUGUCUAUGAUCUUCAUAAGUAUCUGCUUCAACCCGCUGUUUGCAAACGCCCCUCUUCCCUUUAGCGUGGAUGAGAUCAUGUACAUGGUAGGAGGGCCUCCUCAUGUCUGCUUCGCCAGAAUCACAAGCUUAAUCACCGCGUUCAUCACCUUCGAGAGGUGCCUGUGCAUCGCCGUUCCUCUGAAGGUCAAGAGGAUUAUUACUCCCGGAAGGACGAAGGCUAUCACCUUAUUCUUCUUUAUCCUCAUAUUCAGUGUAUUUUCUCCUUUUUAUUACGGGAACAAUUUAGUUUGGGCUUUUGAUACCGCAAGAAACGCCACCAUGUUCAAAAUUGUAUCCAGGGAUAAUCACGUCUUGUUGGAAACCAUUACUUUCAUCACGCACGGAGUGGUGAUCUCCACGUUUUCCUUCGUCUUCACCAUCUUCUGCACCAUCGUUCUUGCUUUUAAACUAACCAGUAAAACAAAAUGGCGGCAAGCCACAGCUACCAGAGGCGAUGGAUCGUCGGAAGGAAGAGGGCUCAAGGAUAAAAGGGUCGUGAAAAUGGUGGCGUUUAUCUCUACUAUGUUCAUAGUUUGUUUCUUGCCUGCCACCUUGCUUCAUUUUGUUAUGGCUCUCGAACCCAACUUCCGUUUUGGAAAAACGUAUCACAACGUUUACAUGAUCUCGUGGUCUGUCUCGUUCGUCACGGAGACAGUCAACUCCAGUUUUAACUUUUUCGUGUACCUGAAAAUGAGUUCCAAAUUUCGAACUGUGUUCCUGAAAACGUUUUUGAAUUUGGAGGAAAAGAAAUGA